AUGCCUGCCAACUCCGAGACUCAUCCUGACCAGGAGCAGCGCAUUCCGCUAUAUCGAGGUUCCUGUCACUGUGGCUUUGUCAGCUAUGAAGCACGCAUCAACUUUAAAGAACCCUCGGCCGAAGAGCCAGACUAUGUGCUCUGCAAGUGCAACUGUACCUACUGCCUCAAAGCCGGAUUGUUGAUUGCGAGUCCGUUGAAAGAUUCAUUCCGGCUGUUGACGCCAGGGGACAGUGACGAUGGGAAGCCGAACCUUCCUGUGUACAAGUUCGGACCCGGUGGUGUUUCGCACCCCUUCUGUCCUCGCUGUGGUGUGUCAUGCCAUUAUUAUGGUACGACCAAGACAGGUGAAGGCGAUACAGUUCCAUUUACGCGACUUAAUGUGCAUACUAUUGAUGGACGAGUGGACGGGGCACAAAUGGAGAGCCUAAAAGAAAUCAAGCCUAAGUACUGGGAUGGGAAGACCAAUGGCUGGGACAAGGGUGUAAGUGAGGAGCCGUGGGAUGGAGGCGUAUGGUAA